AGAGAGAGAGAGAGAGAGAGAGAGAAAAGCCCGAGCUAGUCGCCGCCGUGCUCCAGACAAGAGGACGCGCUCGAGCCGCAUGGAGGCAGACAAUAGCCCCGCGUGAGAGCUCGGCGUCCGCGGGGAGGCAGUCAUCCACGAUUUCUGCUUUCUCACGCACUCAUUCGGAUUAAUCCCAUCAUUCGCCACUCAUGCUGAUCGGACAGUCGGACACUUGCUGAUUGUCCACGCUAGCGCCAUGAGCGGGCUUCUAAAGAGGAAGUUCGAGGAGGUGGGCGAGGACCCGUGCUACUCGUCACCCUCGCCCUCCUCGCUCUCGUCGGCCUGCUCCACCUGGGACUCGGAGGGCGAGAGCUGCUACUCGGACACCCUGGAUUCCACCCCCAGCAACCCCAGCUCCCCGGCAACGCAUAUCAACACGACGUCCAUCCUCAAGAAAUCCAAGCGAGCGCGACGGAGCAACGUCACCUUUGACCAGGUGACGGUGUUCUUCUUCCCGCGGUGCCAGGGCUUCACCAGCGUGCCCAGCCGAGGGGGCUGCACCCUUGGCAUGACACCACGACACAGCGCGCGCCGCACGUACACGCUGACCGAGUUCGCCGCCGAGCAGCGGCUGCUACGCCGGGAGAAACUGCUCAACCGGCUGCGGGAAGACAAGCUGGAGGCUCUUAAAUUAAAGCUGACCAAGAACGGAACCCAGGACAGCGAAGAGGCUGAGCGGCUGACUGUGGACGACAUCCCCGAGCGGGACGUGGACGUGAGCGGCGCCAACCUGGAGGAGGGCUCUUUCCUACAACCGUACCCGUCCAAGCGGCGCUACGCUCUGCUCAAAGCCGCCGGCGUCAAGAAGGUCGACAAAGAGGAGAAGAGACAGCUGCAUGAGCUGAGGAUCUCCCGGGAACGUUGCGGGUGCGACUGUCAGGGGUUCUGCGAGCCUGAAACAUGCGGCUGCAGCCUGGCUGGCAUCAAGUGUCAGAUGGACCAUUCGUCGUUCCCGUGUGGCUGCACGAAGGAUGGCUGCGGGAACACAGAAGGCCGCAUCGAGUUCAACUCCACCCGGGUGCAGACGCACUACAUCCACACCAUCAUGAAGCUGGAGCUGGAGAAGCGACUGGAGGAGCAGUCGAGCAGCGAGGAGGCGGCGGCAGAAGCCGAGGUCAUGUCCGGCGCCGCCCCAGUGGCCCCCGCGCACCCCUUCCCCUUCAGCUCGGAGCUAGCAUCCGCCGGGGACAAUAGUUGCAGCAGCGACAUGACAGACUCGUCGGAUUCGUCGGCCCAGAGCGACGACUCCGAGGGCGGCGGGAGCCCGUGCAGGCGGCGCGCGGCGCUGGACGUGGACGAGAAAGGCCUGAGCCGCAUCCUCAGCUUCAACGACGCGGAAAACGGGGACACCGCCAAUCACGGCGCGUGCUCCCGGCAAGCGGCGACGACGGCGCAGACGUUCAACAGCUUCAGCGUGGCGGACUUUGCGGACGAGAACGACAACGCGACGCUGUUAGACAAUCGGGCCGUGUCGGAACUUUUGGACGAGAACGCCAACCAGGGCAACGGGCUCUUCCCCGGUGGCGGCGGCAUCCCGCACACGCCCUCGCCCACCGUCGAUCGCUCGGCCAGCUACAACAUGGACCUGAGCCUGUCCUCCGAGUCGGACUUGGAGUUCUUCGACGGCUUCCCCUGCCUGGGGCACAGCUCGCUCUACAACUCGCUUAAGGAGUACGAGCACAUGGACAACUUUUUCCACUUCCAGCUGCCGAGCUACCCGAGCUUGCCGGCGCCCAGCGACCCAGGCACCUGCCUCCUGGAGUCCCUCAUUGGCCUCUCCGAGUCCGUCCCGGAACCGCCCGCCACCUUUACGGACAAUCAGAUGUUGGAGGAAGCCAUCAAGAUGUCUGUAAUGGAGUCUGUGAAAGUUGGACUCUAGAUGGACACUGCUCACAAAACGUUCGGGCUAUUUCGGGUGCUGAGUUGUAAAGAAAGUUGGGCAAAACGUACUGGAACGGAACAGUUCAGAAGUGUCCAGAAUGUCCAGUUAAGUUCAACUGUAAAGUGCAUUUUAGGUUCAUCUGAAUUUUCAGCCAAAAGCCCAUUAUCCAAAACUUUUGUGCGUAGGUUUUUUUUUUAAGGGUGUUUGGUGGUACCCAUCGCAAUAUGGAGGAAGCCGUGAUCUCCUUCAUUGCCUGAAGUCCAAACUCUCCUUUGGGCGCUCGCGUGAAGGCGUCGCCGACACCAAAUCACGCCGAGAGAACUCACAACCAAACCCAAGAACGGGAAGCAGAACGAGCCGUAACAACAUAGCUGAAUGUGCACCUCAGGGAUUCUUUUGUUCUUGGUUUUCGGAGGCCAUUGCUGCCAUUGCCUUCCUCCACGUCCUGGACUUCAGGGCGGCGCGGUCCCUUUUUUUUUUUUUGCGCGGAAUCCCUUAGCUAGCAGACUCUUAAGAGGCUCGCAUGGUACAAAAAAAUUUGAAACAUCCCGCUUGAUCUGCACUUUAGCUGUACUAAAAGGCAUCAUUUUGGUCGCGUGGGGUGUGUAGUCAACCGUUAAAUUAUGGAUUUUCUUGGCUCAAACUAUUACAAAGCUGUACUUUUUUUUGGGGGGGUGGGGGGGGGCGGGGCUUUUGUCAUAAGUUAUUUCCUGCAAUGAUUCUUAUUUAUUUUCCACUCAAGAAGCACUGUGCUUCAUUUCUUUCACAACCGUCAAGUGCAAUCGUCCUCAUUUCCAAUUUUUAUUUUAUUUUACUUUUUAGGAAUCCUUAUCGGAAAAAGGCCAUCAGAAAAGUAUUUAAUAUCUAUUUGCUGACUAACUUAUUAUAUCAACAGUUAUGUUAUUUAAUUCUUUUGGCAAUAAAAAUUGAGCUGUGGAAGCCAAGCAAGAAAACUGUGGAACCCUUUAAAAAAAAAAAAAUCUCUAAAUUAUGGCAUUUGUUGUAUUUCUGCUUAUGUAAUGUAACCAUAGAGAAAUUACUAAUAUUUUGUAAGUAAUUUAUGUAGACUGACAGAGAAUUCUAAUGAAACUGACAAAUUGACUAUUUUAUUAAGCAGAAUUUUUUUCAAUCGGGGGGGGGGCAACCUUUAUGAUAUAGAAAUUAUAUUCCAUUUAUGGUGUGAAGUAUUUUUCACGGGCAGUUUUCGACGAGGUGGCGCUCAAAAAGGAUCGAUUUGAUUGUAUUCUGAAUUUUUCUCGGAAGUCUGUGAGUCGGGUCAGAGCAUUUGAAAAAGGGGGGAGAUUGCCUGAUAAAAACUGUAUAUAUUAUACAAUUUUUAUCUUGCGUGCGGAACCCUCGAUGCGAAGAAGUUGCCUCGUUUUGAAGGAGCAGAUUGUUGAAAACGCUUCCCAGGUUUCUAAAGGAUGAAGAUUUAAAAACAGAUUAAAACGACGCCAUUUUGCGGCGAGGAAGGUUCCCUUCUCAUUAAAAUGUCGAAUUCAGCUGUACGUUCUCAUGAUGACUGGGGGCGGAGCCAGCGCGUUUUUGAUGACGUAUGGGGGUCCCGACUGUGUUGCCAACUUUAUGACAUUAUUCCCACGGGAAGUGUCUAUCCAGCAGUUUAUUUUAUUUUAUUUUUUAAAACUUUUAGUGGCGUUAUCGGUGCUUCUGAGACGAUCUCUGCGACCAGACUGCACGAAUAUCGGUCGUGCGAAGCCGUCGCAGGCUUAUUUGUGACGUCACAAUUCGGUUGAAUUCAGAAUGUUUCACUCUGACACAUUUUCAGAAAAUACGAUUUGCUUGGUUUCAUUUCACACUUGAUGGGUCGUCAGGCACUCCAGGGAAUCUUUCUAGACAAUUCGCCAGUACGAUGGCGCUUUUAAAGUACUGUUUCCAACAGUGAGGGAGAAUUCAUGUGACAGGGGCAGCUGGAGAGCCCAUGUACAUAUACACGCUUCAGUUUUGCAGCUGUUCCGGCAGCUUUGUCGAGACGUCCCUUUUAAGCAGCGGUGGGGAACCCGCCACAUUCGUGAGGAUUUUUUUUUUCCUCCGUGACCGCCAUGCAAAUUCUAAAAAGGUGCAUUAUUUUUUCCCCCCCAAAGCUUCCCCACCUUCUAAUUGCCAAAAUAAUGCAUGCAGACUUGUUGAAGCCUGGAUUAGAAUUGUAUACUUUGGAAAAGUGCAGCAAUUUGAAAUUGUAUUUGCUUUUGCCUUUUUUUUUUCUUUUUUAUAUUCAUUUUUUUAAAUUCCAUCCAAUGAUGCCGUGCUUGUACAAAACCAUGAAGAAACUGCAACAGUGAGUGUUGAUCAAUGUCAUGUAUUAAUUAAGCAUACUGCUUUUUUUUUUCAAUACCUCCACUUCAAAGAACGUGUCUUACAUUUUUUGGGGGGGAUACAUUUUUCAAGCCUUUGUUGUUUAUGUACAUAUUUCUGCUUCAACGCUCCCGCAGAGCAAACAAGAGCUGCUUUAUUUUUUACGUGCUCCCACUUUAAACCUGUUGUUUGACAGACUUUUCAUCCAAGCCAUUUUGACAGCCUGUCCCUCGAAAUUAUAAAAUGUUUUCUAAA